AUGUGCAAGAUCGUCAGCACGGCACACUCGCUCGUCUGGCUGCGCCGCGCCGUGCGGCGGUGGCGCUCGCGCACGGGGCAGACUGACAAGGAUACGUCGGCCGGCGCCGUGCCGGCGGGGCAUGUGGCGGUGCGCGUGGAGGGCGGCCGGUUUCUGGUCCCGCUGGCGCACCUGAGCCACCCGGCGUUCCAGGAGCUGCUCCGCCAGGCCGAGGAGGAGUACGGCUUCCCGUCCGGCGCCUCGGGCCCGCUCGCGCUACCCUGCGACGAGCAGCGCCUCCGGGACGUCCUCCGCCGUGUCGCUUCCGAAGGCCGCCGCUCUUCCCGCGGCGACUCGCGGCCGCUGCUGCAGGGAGGCCGGCCGGAGGUGGUGGUGGUGGAGGAGGAG